UAUAAUGUAUUAUAUUAUAAUGUUAUGUAUGAUGUUAAUGCAAAAUUAGUUUCUCUGCUGUGUAUCUUAAAAAAAAUAAGUUUUUAAAAUAAGUAGUUAUUAGUUUUGACUAAUAAGCUGUUAAAAGCGACACGAUUCAGCUUUGUGUGGUUGUUUAUUAACCCGACACUGGAUUUAUACACGUUUACGCGUCAGAUCUGUAACCGACGAAGGAAGAAAAAAAAAUUUGACUUAUUACUUCUCUGCUAUCAUUAUUUUUAUUUGCAUACUGAAUAAUCGCUCAUUUCACGGCGAGAAGCUGGCGUUUCGACAGGGUAUCGAGCCGUUGUUCUCUAGCGAACGACGCGAAAACACAACGUAAAGUCUGUGGUUCUUCACACGUGCCUGCGGUAAAGAUUUAAAGUACUUGAAACGUGAACGAGGAGGUGAAUUUACGGUUCUUCAUGUUGCAAUAUAAUGUAAUACCUCUCUAUUCUUACAUUUUUAUAUACAAGAGUAAAAUCUAACGAGAGAUGCGCAGUUUGCUAGAAAGAUUGCUGUUAGUAUAUUGAAUUGAUUAUUCAUAUAUCGCCUGGAUUUGCGUUCUGCCACGUUUUUAUGUAUAAUGCAAUCAUUUCCCGGUGUUUUUAAAUGUUCCUGCUGAGUGCUUGUUCUCGUUUUGUAGGACUGUGAACGAUUAUAGUGUGAACUUUCUUUCAGUUGGAAUAUCUGUGUAGUGCUGCUUAGCUAAAUAAAAGGAGAAAACGAUCAGACUUCACAACCCGUCUGUGUCUGUUUGUUUUUUGCCUUUUAUUUUUGACACUUUAUAUGGCCAUAAAUAGGGGUGGAAAACACGUCAGAGCCACGGGGUGAACAUCAGGAGGAAGUGAGCGCGUGUGGACUAAACCUCUGAUGAGUGAGUAACCUCUCACACAGAGUGACACCCGCAACAUAUUCACUAACUAACUCAUACUGUUGCCUUUUGGCUUUUUUAGCAGUUACUGUAAGCGUCUCUCCAUCAGGUUGACGGUCUGAGGCUCUUCAGAUGUUCGGUGCUCAAACACAUGGCGAUGAUGAACUGGAUGGCAGGAACUCAGUGCGUGGCCAAAAAGCAGCACUGCACACCUAAAGCGGGUGAAGUAGCGUAUCACAAAGGUGAUGUCUUGACAGUCGCCGGACCUGGAACGAGGAAAGGGGAAUACAGAGCCCGACAUAACACAACGGGAGAGGAAGGACUGGUCUCGGGUUCGAACCUCAGAGAAAGGGAAGCCCUCCGAAUAGACCCCAAAUUAAGCCUCAUGCCAUGGUUUCACGGCAAAAUAUCGGGACCGCAAGCCGUCGGCAAACUCAAGCCCGCGGAGGACGGGCUGUUCCUGGUGCGGGAGUCGGUUCGGCAUCCCGGCGACUUCGUGCUGUGCGUCUGCUUCAGUGAGAAGGUCUUCCACUACAGAGUCAUCUUCAGAGACAACAAACUGAGCAUCGACAGCAAGCAGUUCUUCUACAACCUCAUCGACAUGAUCGAGUUUCACAGCAGAAAUCAAGGCGCCCUCGCUACGCUUCUGCUGAAGCCCAAGAAGAAGGAAGGCACGAAAUCUGCCGAGACCAAGCUGUUGAAGUCCGGCUGGCUUCUGGAUCUGUCGAUGCUGACGUUAGGAGAGGUCAUCGGAGAGGGAGAGUUCGGUGCCGUGUUGGAGGGUGAAUACGCAGGCCAGCGGGUCGCCGUUAAGAACAUCAAAUGUGACGUAACCGCUCAGGCCUUCCUGGAAGAGACGUCGGUCAUGACGUGA